CGACAUAUUACCUGAAAAUUUUGAGUAACUGUCUCAAAAUUGCGAGUAAGUAUCUCAAACUUUCGAGUUAUCAUCUGACCACCCCCGAUGGAAAAAAAAAAAACAGAAAAAAAAAAAAAGAUAAUUGUUUCAGUCCUGUAUUCACUUCCGUAUUUGUUAUUGUAAAUUGUGAAAUUUGUGAUAUGUUAUCUACACACUUGCCAUCCCAUCUUCAUCAUGAUAUGAUAUUACCUCAGUGGUAUGUAUAAUCAGAUACUGAUAAAUAUAGCAAAUGUAUUCAUAAAUAUUAAAUAGAAAUUAUUCAAAUCGCCAUUCAGCUAUUGCACAUCAUGAUGAAAGCAAUGGCUACAGGAGGAGUCCCCAUCAUUUUGAUAAUUUCAAUAUUUUUUGUAGCUUUUUCGACGUCAGCCGAAAUUACAUCUAUAAAACAUGGGAUCACAAAUAAUCCAAGUGAUGAUACAGUGAAAUUGGAAACAAGACGAACGGAAGAGAAAGCUAACGGCCGAGGUAUACCACACGAUUCGUUUUGGAAAAUUGACGAAACAAAUAAUGACACUUUAGAAAACGGAACUGAUCUGCCAGUAAACUCUGAGGUACCAGCCUCAAAACAAAAUUCGUCCACUUUUUUCAACAAAGCCUUCUACAGGCGGCUAUCGAUAGAUCUGACAUCGGAAAAUAAGGAUGAAUUACAAAAAAGACUUUUGGGCCUUAACAUGUGGUUUCCCUGUGGAAAAUAUGACCGUUGUCGUGUUGGACGUAAUUACUGUGAUGCUGAUACAGACAGGUGUGAAAUAUGUAACUCUGAUAUAUGUCAUGGAACCAACGCCGACAGUAUGUGUAACUUUAUGUGUAAAGAGAUUCCACCUCCAGAGGAAACUUCCACAUUCUCAGCAUUUAUCACAUCUCCAGUUCCACUUACAACGGAAGGGGCGGAACGGACUUCGGGAGAGAAAACGUGGGUGAAAAUUGUCAUCAGCCUUGGAGUGGUGGUCCUAGUAGCUAUACUAGUUACAUGUAUAUGGUUGGCAAAAAAGAAAUGUCACCCUUGUAAAAGGAAAGAAACAAACGACAUAGAAGACACUUCAAGAAUGGAAUUGGCUGAAAUGAAUGAAAAUACUCAAGCAACAUCUGAAAAUGAAAACACUUAUACAAAGGAACUGGAUGGGAAUCACCUCGACACUCAAGUGGCCCAUCAAAAUGAUGACCACGUUAACAAACAAGGGACCCGUGAAGAUAGCGGAUCAGCUCGAAAUGAAUUGGUGCCAUCUAAUAAAUAUACAUGCAUAAGGAUAUGAACAAACCACAAAUGUUGAUAUAUGUGAUGAAUGAACAUAACCAAAAACAUUAGCUACUCUACUUAAACUUAUAUGGAGAAAAAGAACUGUGACUGUGUUUCUUCCAGUAAAAAUUAGGAUAAACCUGGGACCAUGGCAAUAAAUGCUUUUAUGAAACUCAUUAAAAAUUAAGAUAUUUAGAUCACAAACUCCUGGCAGUGCAGAUUCUCAUAAUUAGCAAAAUUCUAGUUAACGAAACACCCUUUAACCUCUCUUUGUAGAAUGUAGAAAUCCUUAAACUAGAGUAUUAACUCAUAACAACAUUCUCUGAAUCUCAGAGUUCAAUAAAUAGAACGCCAUAAAGAUCUGAGGUAAUUUACAGGGAUUUUAUUAACCUAACACUUUAAAGUUAAGGUAUGCUUCGAGGUGCAAAGUUGUUCCCUGCAUAUAUGGAGUUUUUUGGAAAUCUGAAUUCGUUUUUUUUUUAAAUCCAUGGUAUUCUAUUGAAGGUCCUUCAACAAAUUGA